UAUAUGGAUGAGAACGUUAAACUCACCCAAAGUACCACAAUUUUGAGAUAUCUCGCCGAGAAGUAUGAUUUGGCGGGUAAAACUGAAGAUGAAAAACUACGUGUUUCUUUAUCUGAACAACAGAUUAUAGACUUUCGCCAAAAGUUUUUCAAUUUUGUGAUUGACCCAAAUUAUGAGAAUAUAAAAGAGCAGCAUUUGAGGAAGACUAAGGAGGACUUGAAUAUGAUAGAGGAUUUUCUUGGGAACCGCAAAUACCUGGCUGGAGAUGAAUUAACUUAUGUUGACUUUAUUGCUUUUGAUACAUUUGAUUCUCUUAUUUUGUUUCAAAAGACAAUUCUUGAUAGAAUAUCAGCCCUUAAAGUGUAUCAGGAAAGAACUGAGAAUCUUUCUGAAAUCAAAAAGUACCGAAAUUCAUCAGUUUUCUACAAAUGGCCAAUAGUUGGGCCUUAUAAUGCGUGGGGAAGAACAGGAGUAAUGCCUCAGUAGAUGAAAUCCAUGCUUAUUAUGAUUCAUUUUUAUAUAAUAUAUUAACUUCUAUUUCGCUUACGUAAAUCUUAAUUCUGUUUUGUUCUAAAGUAAACGUAUUUGCUGUCGUUA